AAUAAAAAUGGGGUGUCUAUUAUCUGCAUGUUUCAGUACUUAUUAAUCUCAAAAUCUGAUCUUGAGUAUUUAAAUUUCAUUUACUGUUGUAAUUAAUGUUAGUCAUUUCAAGAAAAGGGAAAAAAGACUCAAUUUUUAAGCUCAGAUUUCAUGUCGGUGCUGAUUCUUGGAAACUAAGUUUAAAGAUUCCACCUUUAGCCCCAUUCUGUAGAUUUUUUUGAGAGAGAAUUAUGGGGGAGACACAUAAUCAUGAACACAACCACCAGCCACCGCCGCAACAGGCGGCGGCGCCACCAGCAAUGCCACUUGGUUCAGCCAGAGGACCUAUGUUUCCUCCGGCAGAGCAACUACUUCAGCUUAACUAUUGCAUACACUCAAAUCCUUCUUGGCCACAAACUGUUUUGCUGGCUUUCCAACACUACAUAGUUAUGCUUGGAACUACAGUAAUGAUUGCCACCGUGCUGGUACCUCAGAUGGGUGGGGGUCCGGGCGACAAAGCUCGAGUUAUCCAGUCUUUGCUUUUCACUUCAGGAGUGAAUACUCUUCUGCAAACGCUUUUUGGCACAAGACUUCCCACUGUGAUGGGUCCGUCAUUUGCUUACAUCAUAUCAGCUCUGUCGGUCAUUAACGAUCUCUCUGACAGUACUUUCAGGAGUGAGCAUCAGAGAUUCGAGCACACUAUGAGAGCAAUUCAAGGGUCACUCAUAGUGUCUUCCAUUAUCAACAUAAUACUUGGAUAUGGCCAAGUUUGGGGAAAACUUACGAGGUUUUUCAGUCCUGUUGUCAUUACGCCACUUGUCUGUGUUGUAGGUCUUGGUUUGUCUGGUAGGGGGUUUCCUCAGGUGGGUGAUUGUAUAGAGAUUGGCCUUCCCAUGUUAAUUCUACUUGUCAUUUCCCAGCAGUAUAUGCAACGUGUGCAUCCAGUUGCGCAAUCCAUACUUGAAAGGUUUGCUUUGCUCCUCUGCAUUGGGCUUAUCUGGGCUUUUGCUGCUAUUCUUACUGUUGCCGGUGCUUACAACCAUGUGAAGGAGCAAACUAAGAUGAGCUGCCGAAUUGACCAUUCGUUCCUCUUGUCAUCGGCUCCAUGGAUCAAAGUUCCUUACCCUUUCCAGUGGGGGACUCCCAUAUUCAGAGCUAGUCAUGUCUUUGGAAUGAUGGGUGCUGCACUUGUAUCAUCAGCAGAGUCAACAGCAACUUUUUAUGCUGCAUCAAGGCUUGCAGGGGCGACACUCCCUCCGGCGCAUGUUGUGAGUAGAAGCAUUGGCUUACAGGGUAUAGGACAACUCUUUGACGGGUUCUUUGGUGCUGUGGUUGGUACUACUGCAUCUGUUGAAAAUGUCGGCCUUCUGGGACUAACUCGUGUCGGGAGUAGAAGAGUUGUUCAGAUUUCUACUGCUUUCAUGAUCUUCUUCUCCAUAUUUGGAAAAUUUGGAGCAUUCUUUGCUCAAAUUCCUUUGCCCAUAUUUGCAGCUAUCUACUGCAUCUUAUACGGUAUAGUAGCUGCUAUUGGUAUUUCCUUCAUCCAAUUUGCGAACAAAAACUCCAUGCGGAAUAUAUAUGUGCUCGGAAUCUCUCUAUUCCUCGGUAUAUCUAUACCUCAAUACUUCGUGAUGAACACAGAUAUUACUGGUCAUGGACCUGUUAGAACUCCAGCUGGAUGGUUUAAUGACAUAUUGAACACAAUAUUCUCUUCACCUCCUACUGUUGCAACGAUUGUCGGGACAGUAGUAGACAACACACUCGAAGCAAGACACUCGUACGACGAUAGAGGUGUUCCGUGGUUGGUUCCCUUCCAGAGGAGGAAAGGAGAUAGCAGAAAUGAGGAGUUUUAUAGUUACCCUCUUAGAAUUAAUGAGUACAUCCCAAGUAGAUUUCUGUGAUAACUUUUACAUCCAUGUAUAUGACUGUAUCAAAGCUGUAUGACAAAAUUUCUUUUUAGCUCACAACUUUGGUCCAUUGUUUUUUUUUUCCUUGUU